AUGCUUAAAAUUGAAGGACGAAAUGUUGGAAAGUUGAUAGGCGUUCGUGGAGCCACUAUUAAGCAAAUGCAGGAAGAACACAAUGUUCGUAUAUCAAUUUCAAAGGAAGAUGAUCAGGAUGGUAUGCGAACUGUUGAAUUUCAAGGCGAAGAUCAGGAUAUUCAAAAUGUAACUGAAGUCAUUCGUCAAAGAUUCUUGAAUGAAAGACAAGGAAAUUCGUAUGAAUCUCGUCCUCGAAUCAAUAGCAAUGAACGAAAUUCAGGAUAUAAUCAAAGAUCUGAUAAUAAUGAACGAAGCUCUGGAUAUACUCAAAGAUAUGAUAAUAAUCGUGGUGGAUAUGGACGAAAUUAUGAUCAAACAAGGAACGAACGGAGUGAACCUGAACAUUAUCCAAAUCGUGAAUUUCGACAAAGUCGUGGAGGUUUCAAUAAUUAUGGUAAUAAUCAGCAACAGCAAGUAAAUCGUUAUAACAGCAGUUCUAAUAAUGAGAAUGAAUGGGGAAGUAGUGGAACGACUUUCCAACAUCCACCAGCUCGAAAUAAUUAUCAACAACCAAGGAAAAGCAAUCCUGAAGAUUGGAAUAGUGCAGAAAUUGAAAUGAAAGCAAACUUCCAGCCAAGCUUAAAUACAUACAAAAGCAAUUCGAAUGCUGAUAAUAAAAAUAACAGCAGCUAUGAACGUCAUAAUAGUUCAUAUAAUAAGCGAUCAAGGGACGGUAAUUUCAACAAUUAUCGAACAGGAUCAAAUGACAAUAAUAAUAAUAACAAUGUUGAGUCUUCGGAACCAAAAGCAUUUACACCAAUUGACUGGGAGAAACUAAAUAAAGAUUGUGAUUUAGCACGUCAAGAACGUUGGGCAAAGUGUCCACAGCUUAUCAAGGAUUUCUAUGAAGAACAUCCAAAGACAUCACAAAUGUCUGAUGAACAAGUUGAGCAGUUCCGUGAAGAAAAUAAUAACAUUUCAGUCUCUAAAGUCUUUGAGCAAGACAUUCCCACAAGUUCAAUGCCAAAGCCCAUUACUAAUUUUGAGUAUGCAUUUGAAAAGUUUCCUGAUCUAAUGAAUGAAAUCCAUAAGCAAGGAUUUACUAAACCAUCGCCGAUUCAAAGUCAAAUGUGGCCAAUAUUAAUGAAAGGAAAUGAUUGUAUUGGCAUUGCACAAACUGGAACUGGAAAGACAUUAGCAUUCUUACUUCCAGCAUUAAUUCAUGUUGAUGGUCAACCUCAUGCUCGUGGAAUAGCUGCUCGAGGUGGUCCAAAUGUUCUUGUUUUAUGUCCAACUCGUGAAUUAGCCAUACAAAUUGAAAAAGAAGUUUCAAAAUAUCAGUAUCGUGGAAUCCGUGCAGUCUGUCUUUAUGGUGGAAAUGAUCGUCGCAAGCAAAUUGAAGUUGUAGAAUCUGGAAUUGAAAUUAUUAUAGCUACGCCAGGCAGAUUGAAUGAUCUCGUUGCAUCAAACUACAUUAAAGUUGAAUCAAUCACUUAUUUGGUUUUGGACGAAGCUGAUCGUAUGCUUGACAUGGGAUUUGAGCCUCAAAUUCGUAAAAUUUUGCUUGACAUUCGUGAUGAUCGUCAGACUGUAAUGACAUCAGCAACAUGGCCAACUGGCGUUCGUCGACUUGCAUCUUCAUACAUGAAAAAUCCUUAUCAAGUUGUAAUUGGAAGUCUUGAUCUAGCUGCAACACAUACAGUCAGUCAGAGAAUUGAAAUUAUUGAUGAAGACGACAAGUAUGAACGAAUUGUCCGCUUCGCACAACAGGAACUUGGCAAGAAUGACAAGGCAAUUAUUUUUUGUGGAAAGAAAGAUCGAGCUGAUUCUCUAUCAUGUGAUUUCGUCUUAAAAGGAAUACAAUGUCAAUCAAUUCAUGGUAAUCGAGAACAAUCAGAUCGUGAGCAGGCUUUAGAGGAUAUCAAGUCAGGAGAAGUAAAUAUUUUAAUUGCCACUGACGUUGCUAGUCGUGGAAUUGACAUUGAAGAUAUAUCUUAUGUUGUGAAUUAUGACUUUCCACGUAAUAUUGAAGAAUAUGUUCAUAGAGUUGGUCGAACUGGACGUGCUGGAAAAACUGGAAUAAGUUUGAGUUUAUUAACUCGAUCAGAUUGGGGUGUUGCUAAGGAUUUAAUAAAUAUCUUGAAGGAAGCAAAUCAAGAAGUUCCAGAAGAACUUUUAAAGAUGGCUGAACGAUUUGAAAAUCGCAAGCCCCGCGAAGGAGGACGUGGGGGAUUCCGAGGAUCAUCAAGAGGACAUGGCAUGUUCUAA